GGAUUGUUACAUCGUGCUCCACACCACCAAAACUGGAUACCGCAUUUACCAGUGGCAAGGUGAAAAAUCUAGCAUUGAUGAAAGAGGGGCUGCUGCCAUCCUAAUGACCCAAAUGGAUGACCACCUUGGUGGUAAACCAAUACAGUCCACUGAGUAUCAAAACAAAGAGUCCAAAGAAUUCCUGGCCUACUUCAAGAAUAAAAUCAAUUACAAGCAAGGUGGAGUCGCCUCAGGCUUCAAACAUGUCAUCACCAACUCCGUUCAUGUCCAACGCUUGCUGCACGUUAAAGGUCGAAGGGCGAUCAGAUCCAGAGAGGUAUCUUUCACCUGGGACAGCGUCAAUAAAGGAGACUGCUUCAUCAUUGACUUGGGAGAGGACAUUUACCACUGGGCUGGCUGUGAAUGCAAUCCCUUCGAACGCCUGAAAACAACCGAGGUGGCCAAAGAUAUCCGCGACAAUGAGCGAAAGGGUCGUGCUAAAGUAGAAAUGAUAAACGAAGGCUCUGAGCCAGAGAAAGUCCUUGAAGCGCUCGGACCCAAGCCUGAACUACCAGCAGGCUGUGAAGAUGAAGUCAGUAAAGGGGGGCAAAGCACCCAAGCAACUCUCUAUUUGAUUUCUGAUGCUGCCGGAAGCAUGAAGACAACUUUGGUGUCAAACGAAACCCCAUUCAAACAAGACAUGCUCUCCGAUAAAGACUGCUACAUCUUGGACAGUGGAGUUAACAAAAUAUAUGUCUGGAAAGGAAAGGAUGCAAAUAAAGACGAGCGCAAAGAAGCACUGGCUAGUGCACAGAAGUUCAUCAAAGAAAAGAAUUACCCCGAGGAUACUCAGAUCAAAAUAUUUCCAGCAGGGAGUGAGCCCUCCCUGUUUAAGCAGUUAUUUUUCAACUGGUUGGACAAGGAUGAGAGCACUGGCCCAAGUGCACCCUACAUCUUAGGUAGAAUCGCCAAGGUGGAUCAGAUUCCCUUUGAUGCCUCCAAACUCCACAACAACAAUGCCAUGGCUGCCCAGCACACCAUGCCGGAUGAUGGUUCUGGGACAGUCGAGAUUUGGCGUGUGGAAGGAAGUGAUAAAGUACCUGUUGACAAAAAGACCUAUGGACAAUUCUUUGGGGGUGACUGUUACCUGAUGAAGUACUCCUAUAACGCAGACGGCAAAGAGAAACAUAUCAUCUACACCUGGCAAGGGCAGAAGUGCUCUCAAGUUGAACUGACCGCUUCCGCCUUGCUCACCAUCGCUCUGGACGAUUCCAUUGGCGGAGUGGCUACCCAGAUUCGUGUCCCUCAGGGCAGGGAACCCCCUCAUUUUGUGAGCACCUUUAAGGGCAAGCCUUUGGUCAUUUACAUGGGUGGGACCUCCCGCGAUGGGGCCAGACUGAGCCUGCCAGCACACGACUCUUCCACAUCCGCCAGAGCUCCACCAAAGCCACACGGGCUGUUGAGGAAUAAACCCACUGCCACCGCUCUGAACACCCAUGAUGUGUUUGUACUGAAGACCCCUGACUCGCUGUUCCAGUGGAAAGGAAAGGUAGCGAGUCAAGAGGAGAUGAAAGCAGCUGAGUAUGUAGCCGGCCUGCUGACUGGGUCUGUCACUGAGGUGAAGGAGGGCAACGAGCCAGAUGGUUUCUGGAGAGCACUGGGUGGGAAGAGGGACUACCAGACCUCCCAGAGCCUGCAGAUGGAAGUCCUCAAACCACGACUGUUUGCCUGUUCCAACAAGACUGGCAGGCUGAUCGCGGAGGAGGUGCUCGGUGAGGUGCCCGGUGAGAUGCCCGGUGAACCUAAACAGAUCGAUCUGGCUCCUGAUGAUGUCAUGAUAAUGGACAUCGGGUCUCAGAUCUACGUUUGGAUUGGAAAUGAUGCCAAUGAGAUAGAGAAAACUGGAGCCAGCAAGAUUGCUGAAGACUAUUUGAAAUCGGACCUCUCUCAGCGUAGAUGUGUCCCCGUCAUUACCAUUAAACAGGGGUACGAGCCGUCCUGCUUCACCGGCUGGUUCCAUGCCUGGGAUCCCAACAUGUGGGUCAAGUUCCCCGAAAUGAUAAUGACCCAAUUAUGUUACCUUUAAGCAUGUAAUUGUAAAGUUGUGUGUGGGCGCACUAUCAGAAAUAAUGUGCUGAAUAUGUACCUUUAGGGGGACUGAAGCAGUACCCUCUAUACUGUGUUCCUUUUUGGGCGUCAAAAAAGUUCACAUAGUUAGUUGAGGUCCAAAAAUGAGCUGUUGUGGGUAUAAAACUGUACCUUGGGGGACAGAAAUGGACUCCUACAAUACCUCUAGUUCUUUUUCGGCUAAUUAUUGGUACCUUUUUGAGGGCAAAAAAGGAUUUUGUAUGUUUCCAAGUGAUGUCAAGGGUACAACAGCUGCACAUUAUUUCUGACAGUGUGGGGGGCAGCGUUGAAAAGCAUUAAAGAUUUCACAUCCAUUUCUGCAAUUCUCAUAUACUUAAGCACAUAAUCUUAAACCCUCAUAGCAUCUAGAACAUAUUGAUUAAAAUCUUUGCUGGGAAAGUUUCAGGAAUUUUCUUUGCAACUUUUUAUCCUGCCUUAUGCAUUAAAGUUCUAAAGUUUUAACCGUCCAGUAAAAAAAAAAAAAGAUUGCACUAUUUCUUUCAAAUUCAGUGUAGCCUUAAGGAAAUAUUGAAAAUUUACUUUGAUUUGUGGCAUCACAAAUGUAUUUCUAAAUUCUGAAUUUU